CUUACCAUACCCGUACACCGUUUGUUCGUUCGAAAUGAAAUAUGUUUGGAGCAUGUGAAUUUAAACAAUGCCAUAGCUUCGAAGAUCGUCAGACAGUUUAGCCGUUUGUUCCCGUCCGUCCUGCAAAAAACGAACGAAAAGAUUUUUUCUCGAUUCGUGAAGAAAAGAAAACAAGAAACACACACAAUUUUCAGGAGCGAUACACAGAGAGAGAGAGAGAGAAAGGAUCCUUUCCCAAACAAAAAUAAAGUGAGAGUAUACCUUUCACAAAACACUGUUCAAUUCAGAAAGGUGAAACAAAAGUCGAAAACUUACCAAUUUCAAUUAGUGGGCCUGUGAUUAUUACGAAUACGUAACUUUGGUUUCUCUUGGUUUUGCUUUGUAUUUUCGUUAAGAUUGUCUCUCUGUCAAUUGUGAUCAAUUUGCUUUCCUUUGUGGCCAAGAAAGUGCUUAAACCUUUAAACACUACACAAAAUUAUACGCAUUCAACACAACAAAUUGUUUGUUUUCUUUUAUUUCGGGACGGUGGUUAAACGAAUAUUGUAACAUACAGUGAUAAUCAUUAGACAAUACAUCGAAGACCUGAGAAGGUUAAUUGAAGAAAAAAUGUCUAUCAAUCCUGGAAAUUAUAAACUGUCUGAAAAGACUGGAAAGCUAACAUCAUCAGAUAUCAUUCCAGCAGCAACGACCGAUGCAGAAACCAGAGAGUUUCUAUCGAAAGUUAUCGACAUUUUGUUGGAUUACGUGAAAACGCAAAAUGAUCGAAACGAACGUAUUUUGGAAUUCCAUCAUCCAGAGGAUAUGAAGAAGUUGCUCGAUCUGGAAUUACCUGAAACGGCAUUGCCUUUGCAACAAUUGAUCCAAGACUGUGCCAAGACCAUGAAAUAUCAAGUGCGAACUGGGCAUCCACAUUUCUUCAAUCAGCUGUCGUGUGGAUUAGAUGUGAUUUCAAUGGCUGGCGAAUGGUUGACAGCCACUGCAAACACCAAUAUGUUCACUUAUGAAAUUGCACCCGUGUUCAUUUUGAUGGAGAAGGUUGUGUUCGCGAAGAUGCGUGAGAUCAUCGGUUGGAAUUGCGGUGAUUCGAUUUUGGCACCAGGCGGUUCAAUAUCGAAUUUGUAUGCAUUCUUGGCUGCACGUCAUAAAAUGUUCCCAAACUACAAGGAGCAUGGUUCAAAGAGUUUACCUGGUGAAUUGGUGAUGUUCACAUCGGAUCAAAGUCAUUAUUCGGUUAAAUCAUGCGCUGCUGUCAGUGGUUUGGGCACCGAUAACUGCAUCAUGAUCCCAUCAGAUGAGACUGGUCGCAUGAUUGCCAGCGAAUUGGAACGCGAAAUUUCCAAGCACAAGUCACUUGGUCACAUUCCAUUCUUUGUGACCGCCACGGCUGGUACAACUGUGUUGGGUGCUUUCGAUCCAAUUAACGAAAUCGCUGAUAUUUGCGAUAAGCAUGGUCUUUGGCUUCAUAUUGAUGCUGCUUGGGGUGGCGGUUUGCUGUUCUCACAAAAGUACCGACAUCCCAGAUUGACUGGAAUUGAACGUGCACAGUCGGUUACCUGGAAUCCGCAUAAGUUGAUGGGCACAUUGUUGCAAAACUCAACCAUACAUUUUAAGGAAGACGGUCUCUUGCUUAGCUGCAACUCAAUGUCGGCUGAAUACCUUUUCAUGACCGAUAAAUUGUAUGACAUCGGCUACGAUACUGGUGACAAGGUGAUUCAAUGCGGUCGCCACAACGAUAUCUUCAAAUUAUGGUUGCAGUGGAGAGGCAAAGGCAGCGAAGGUUUCGAAAAAACCAUUGAUAAACUUAUGGAUUUGGCCUUAUAUCAAGUACAACUCAUCAAAUCCCAACCAGAUAAAUUCCAUUUGAUUCUCGAACCCGAAUUAGUCAACGUCAGCUUCUGGUAUAUUCCAAAACGACUUCGUGGCGUACCACACACCACUGAAAAGGAGACGGAAUUGGGCAAGAUUUGUCCAAUAAUCAAAGCACGUAUGAUGGAAGCAGGUACAUUGAUGGUCGGCUAUCAGCCAGACGAUCGACGACCAAACUUCUUUAGAUCCAUCAUUUCAUCGGCCGCUGUUACCGAAAAAGAUGUCGAAUUCAUGCUAAACGAAAUCGACCGUCUCGGUCAAGAUUUGUAAAUUGACACAACCCCAACAAUCGUAUUGUUAAUAUGAACAUAAAAUCUAUAUCUCCCUAUCGUCAAAUAUUCAAAAGAAGAAAAAAAAGAUCGUACAAAAAAAAUCUCAAAGUAAGAAAAAAAAAACUAUAUCAUUGUUCACUAUUCAUUUCAAUUACGCCAAGCAGAUAGCUGCGUAAGCCAGACAAAGAAUAAUACUAGAAUGCACGCGAAUGGCAUGAAGUAGAAGAGCAACUUCAAUUAUUCUAAAGAAAGAAAAAAAAAACAGACAACCAAGAUAAAUAUCCGAUUAGAGGAACAUAUCAUAAUCCUAACGAAAGAAGAUAUUCAGAGUGACGUUUUCUAUUUUUGUUCAGAGUUUUAUGUUUUUGACUUUUCCAUUUAUGUGCAUUUAAAACUAACAGCAACUCCUAAAUGAACUUAACAAAAACCAAAUGAAUCACAUUUACUGGAAUAUGGGCAAAAGUAAAAAUAUAUAAAAGCAAAUGUAUUUAUUGUUGUUAAAAAAAAAAAAAUAAGGAAACUGAAUAAUUUAUCGAAGACAAAAUGCUCUAUAUUUUAAUUGUUGAAGAGAUUUUUAGUUCAAAUAUUUUAUUAUGCCAAAACAAAGUAUAUAUAUUAUAUAUUAUACGAAUGAUGUCAUGUGACGAAGAUAAUAAACAAACGAAUGGAUUAGAAAGCAUUUUGGGAAAAUGAUUUGUUGAAGUUUCGGCGAAAGCAGAAUUUAAUUGAAUGAACCAAGAGGAUAAACUGCCAAAUGGUGAAUCAAAGUUUUCGUUAUUACUAUAUAUGAAAAACAACAAAAACAAACUGUACCUACUUUCAAUACACACACAUACACCCUCAAUUUAAAGCAAAAAAUAGCAAAUGCUAACACUCAACUAACUCAAUCUUUGCUACUAGUCAAUUCAUAUUCUGAUUUCGGAAUGACACUUUAUUGUAAAAAGCAACGUAAUGGAUAAGGCAAUUUAUAGAAAACCAAAUGAUCCCGACCACGAGAAAAUCCAACAAAAACACCUAAUAUACAAAGUGAACAUAGUGCAAAUAAAACCAGUAAUUGUAAUAGCAAAUACACCCGAACGCCAACACAUCGUAAUCUCAAUGCAUGGAUUCGAUUGAGGACACACAACUGCAGCAACGCAACACGAUAAUCAGAUGUAAGCAAGAAAUAAUAAAAUACAAUUAGUGUGAAUAUUAGACUGUGAAAUGCAUUGCAUGUAAAGAAACAAAAAAACUGAAAUAUUUACCCAAAAAAAAACAAAUGGAAUCAAACAAUGAAGAUUAUACGAGCAUAGAAGCGUUAUUAAGUUAUUGUUAAAAAAGAAAAUCAAAGAGGGCAAAACGCAUUCUAUUUAUUUAAUUAGUUAAAUUACACCUAAAUGGUGAAUGCACAGCAUCAAUUUAGAUUAUACCAUUUCGAAUGUAUCAUCGAAAAAAAAAAACAUUUAAGCCAAAAUUAUAUUUAAACAAAUAAACAAAGUCAUUGAAGAACUGCUUUAAAUACAUUUAAAACCAACUACAUAUAGAAAAUGCAAAAAAAUUAUGUUCAGCAAAUCCAAAAAUAAAUCAAUAAAUCAAGGAUGUCUCUAUUAGGUUCAACCAAAAGAUGUCUACCAAAAAAAAGUCAUAACAAAUUGAUUGCAAAAAAAUAUCAAUAAAAAAGAAACACUAAAUAUAUGUUUAAAAAAAAUAUAUAAUCCAUUAUAUUAGAUGUUAUGUGUUGUUAAUUUAAAUGAAGAAAACCAAAAUUGAAUAAUCUGGACAGAAGGACACUUCACAGAUUGCUGCUAAAACAAACAUCAAAAUUAAAUGAAUAAAGAACGUAAUUAUGAAUUAAAA